AUGGCCACCGCCAGCACCACCACCAGCGCUGUGGCGCCCCAGUUCCUCCCCCGUUCCCAUUCGGGUUCUCGUUCGGGCUCAGGCUCUCACUCCCAUUCCUCGACAACAUCCUUGCAACACGCCAAUAAUUCUCCCCUCUCGUCCAGCACCGCCCCCUCCACCGUCCACUUUACAACAACCGCUCCCUCGUCCAAGACCCGUCAUAACCGCCUCAUCAAUUCGCUCAAAUCGCCAUGGAACCGCGACGAGUCGCAUAAUAAUAAUAAUAGCCCACCCCACGCCCACGACGCCGCCGACGAAAUGCCAUCCACCAAGAACGCCCAUGGCAACAGCAGCCAGUUCAAUCAGAAGCUGAAGAAUUUCUUCCGCAUCAACAGCUUCGCCUCCAACAGCCCCGGUAGCUCCUCCAACGCCGGUCACUCCACCUCCUCCGCAGCACACCACACCAGCAGCAACAACAAUAGCCACGCCGCCCUCGGCUCCUCUUCCUUCUCCUCGCAACACCACCUCGACAACAGUUCCAAUUCCACAAAGGGCGGCACCUUCCGCUCCACGCGGUUCUUCAGCAGCACCGUCGGCCGGCUUCGCUCCCAGACCGUCGCCUCCGAGGGGAACCCCCUCGAGGACACAAUCAGCCCCACCGCCCACGCGAACCCCUAUUUCGCCCACCAAGGCCUCCCCGGCCUACGACACCGCAACGAGGGUUCCGUGCCGCCCAGUCCCCCGGACACUCCCGACAUCAAGGUCAACGGGGGCGCCGGCGCCAUCAUCGACCAGCCCACCGCCGCCACAAAGGAGGAGCUCGCUCGGAAGCUUAGGAGAGUAGCCAGCGCCCCCAAUGCCCAGGGUCUGUUCGCCAAGGGUAAGGGGAGCGGCGAGAGGCCGGCUACGGCGGAGUUGGGAAAGGACCCGCUAUUGGUGAGCAAGGACUCGGGACACCUCGGUCUUGUGGAUGGGAAGCCUGCGGCGACGGCGGCGGGAGCGGCGGGAGAUGCGGCGAGGAAUCGCAGCAUGAGCAUCCAAGAUAACGAUACGCUCGGUGCGCUGCCGCCGGCGACGACGAGGACGCCGGCUACGUUUAGGAGAACGUAUAGUUCGAACUCGAUAAAGAUCCGGGAUGUUGAGGUUGGGCCUCAGAGUUUUGACAAGAUUAAGUUGAUUGGGAAAGGAGAUGUGGGCAAGGUCUAUUUGGUGCGGGAGAAGAAGAGCAGUAGGCUAUACGCCAUGAAGGUGUUGAGCAAAAAGGAAAUGAUUAAACGAAACAAGAUCAAGCGAGCGCUCGCCGAACAAGAGAUCCUGGCCACGAGUAACCACCCCUUCAUCGUCACCCUCUACCACUCCUUCCAGUCCGAAGAUUACCUCUACCUGUGCAUGGAAUACUGCAGCGGCGGCGAGUUCUUCAGGGCGCUGCAGACGCGGCCGGGGAAGUGUAUCAAUGAGGACGAUGCGAGGUUCUACGCUGCUGAGGUGACGGCGGCGCUGGAGUACCUUCAUCUUAUGGGCUUCAUUUACCGUGACCUAAAACCGGAGAACAUUCUCCUCCACCAAUCCGGCCACAUCAUGCUUUCCGAUUUCGACCUCUCGAAACAAUCAGGACCCGGCGGAAAGCCGACGAUGAUCGUCGGCAAGAACGGAGCGAGCACCAACUCCCUCCCGACGAUAGACACGAGGUCGUGCAUCGCGGACUUCCGGACCAACUCGUUCGUGGGGACGGAGGAGUACAUAGCUCCCGAGGUGAUUAAGGGCAGCGGGCACACCAGCGCGGUGGACUGGUGGACGCUGGGGAUCCUGAUCUACGAGAUGCUUUACGGCACGACGCCGUUCAAGGGCAAGAACCGGAAUGCGACGUUUGCCAACAUCUUGAGGGAGGAUAUUCCCUUCCCUGACAGUCCCAACAAGGAGCCCGUCUCAAACCUCUGCAAAUCCCUCAUCCGCAAACUCCUCAUCAAAGACGAAAACAGGAGAUUAGGAGCCCGCGCCGGCGCGUCCGACAUCAAAGCGCACCCGUUCUUCCGCACGACGCAAUGGGCGCUCAUCCGCCACAUGAAGCCGCCCAUCGUGCCCAACGCGGGCCGCGGCAUCGACACGAUCAACUUCCGCAACGUCAAGGAGAGCGAGAGCGUGGACAUUAGCGGGUCGCGGCCGAUGCAGCAGCACCUAAAGGGCGUGCCGCUGGACAGCGGGCUCGCGACGCCCGGGGACGGGACGGAUCCGUUUGAGGAGUUUAAUAGCGUCACGUUGCAUCAUGAUGGGGAUGAUGAUGAUGGGAUUCAUCUUACGAUUGGGAGGAAUGGGGCGAGUUGA